GCGUGUGUUUACGCUCGGACGUGUGAUCAGCUGGUCGCCUCCGCGUCACGAGCACCAAAACAGCUCGCGCUUUGCUAACUGCAGCCGCCAACCCAAAGUUAUGUUUCGUGAUGUCGGUUUAGCCGCAGGUGACCAGUAACUCUCCACUCGCUUCGGGAAGCUAACCUGCGUCAGUGGCCGAAGCUAACAGGCUAACUCACCUCGAGCAGGACUUGGCCUCACUAAAGGAUUGAGAGCAUCUGGCCCCCCAGCAGACAGCCCAAGAGCUCCAAUUUUGAGACUAUGCCUUAUCUCUGAGGAGAAUGGGAGGAAGUGGAUCCAAAGCCAAAGGUGUCUGGCCUUUCUCAGGCAGUGGAGGCGGAAGCGAUUCAGGAAGUGAUGGGAACGGGCAGUCUUUGGCUCGUCUCAAGGGUUCCAGAAAUGCAACACCAUUUGUUUUUACCAGGAGGAGCUCCUUGUACUACGACGAGGAUGGAGACCUCGCUCAUGAGUUCUACGAAGAGACGGUGGUGACGAAAAAUGGCAGAAAAAAGUCCAAGUUAAAGAGAAUCCAGAAGAAUCUGAUACCACAGGGCAUUGUGAAGUUGGACCACCCCUGUAUCCAUGUAGAUUUCCCCAUCGUCCUCUGUGAGGUGUGAAAAGUUGCACAGGACUCAUGCACUAAAAACCACAGGGGCUCUUCAGGGAGCAAGUGACUUGUUCCGGUCCAAAGUGUUGCGGUGGAGACUGGACCUGUGGUCCGGCGAGAAAAUAAGAAGACCGGAGCCGUCAACCCCACGUGAUAAAACUUCAGCUUCGGUCAGAGAGUGUCCUCUUCACUUCAAUCCAUAUUUUGACGUUCACAAAAACGCUGAUGGUCCAGGCUGUGUUUCCACUCCCCAGUUGUUGUGUGAGCAGUCUUCAAGAGUACAUCAGACCAAGUCGUAUUUCUCUCGUGAGUCUUUUGCAGGGAAAAAAAUAAAACAAAAACAUCUUUGAUGUGAAAAGGCUUUAAUGGUUCAUGCCUUCUGUGAGUUGUAGAGCGUUAGACUCCGUGUGCGUCGUCAUCUGUGUAUUUGUGUUAGUUCUGUUUGGGUGAGUGUGUGAAAGCGGUACGGAGCGGGAGAACUGAAGGAUUGUGAAACGUCUUGUACAUACGGUCAUGUUCUGUAUCGUCAUGUCGGAGUCUGUCUCACUUACUGGAGCUCAGACCUGCACUAGUGAACAUAUUGUACUGUAAAUACAUGCAGAUUUCUUAGUUGGAAAUACUUGAAUAAAUGCUUAACUGACCUGA